AUGGACGCAGAGAAGAUCAACGCUAAUCCGAUAAUACACCAGACAGUAGAGGAGAGCGAGAGGAAUGUUUACAGUGAUAGCGAUCCGUGGAGCACAGAUUUCCUAGCACCUGAUGCGCAAGUGGGGGAUAUCAAUCCAGAUUACGCCAACGCCAACGCCAACGCCACACUGGAGAAAACACCCGCGCAAGCCAUCGACGCUGACGAGCUAUUCCACCUCCUCAAAGACAUCAACGACCCAGAGCACCCACUCACACUCGAGCAACUUGCAGUUGUGAGCAAGGCGCAGAUCACCGUGGACGACGAGCAGAACGAGGCUACAAUCCUCUUCACGCCAACCAUCCCCCAUUGCUCCAUGUCCACUCUCAUUGGCCUGUGUCUGCGCGUGCGGCUCAUCAGGUCUCUCCCGCCACGCUUCAAAGUGGACGUGCGUGUGCGUGAAGGUACGCAUAUGCAGGAGGCGGCGAUCAACAAGCAGCUCAACGAUAAGGAGAGAGUUGCAGCAGCGCUCGAAAAUGGCCACCUUAUCGACGUUGUUCAGCAGUGCUUAUCGACAGCAACAGGGAGGUAA